AAGAUUCAUUGAAGGCAGCGGGGACAUAAAACUACAGCGUCUGGCCCGAAGCGGUCGGUGCUGAGUUUGUGCUCCUGAUCGCGGUCCUGCCGCUGGAAUUCCCCCAUCGGGUUUUGGGAAGGGUGACUGUCGAAUGGUCCGGCUUUUGUAACUGGGGAUACACACUGAAAUACUGAGAGAAGCCUCCGCUCCACUUGCACCCCUUUUUUCUUUCUCCCUCAAGGGCCCUGCAUGUCUAAUAUUUAGACAUGACCAGCUUUGUGGAUUCCAGGACUCUACUGCUACUUGUAGCAACUCAAGUUUUUCUAUUAAACGUUGUGAGAUGUCAGGAGGAUUUUGACCAGGAUGGAAAUUUAAGCUGUGAACAAGAUGGACAACGCUAUAGUGACAAGGAUGUGUGGAAACCGGAGCCUUGUCGCAUCUGUGUGUGCGACACCGGAACCGUCCUCUGUGAUGAUAUUGUCUGCGAAGAGCUAAAAGACUGCCCCAAACCUGAAAUCCCAUUUGGAGAGUGUUGCCCCAUCUGCACAGCUGACCGGCCUCCACCCAUUGGAGUACCUGGAGCUAAGGGUCAGAAAGGUGAACCUGGAGACAUUACUGAUGUUGUAGGACCAAGAGGACCAUCUGGCCCAAUGGGCCCACCAGGAGAGCAAGGACCCCGUGGACCAAGAGGAGAAAAAGGAGAGAAGGGAAGUCCUGGUCCUCGCGGCAGAGAUGGUGAACCUGGCACCCCCGGAAAUCCUGGCCCCCCUGGACCUCCCGGACCUAAUGGGCCCCCUGGUCUUGGUGGGAACUUUGCUGCUCAGAUGACAAGUGGUUUUGACGAGAAGGCCGGCGGCGCACAAAUGGGAGUGAUGCAAGGACCAAUGGGCCCUAUGGGUCCCAGAGGACCACCUGGCCCCUCUGGAUCGCCUGGCCCACAAGGUUUCCAAGGUAACCCAGGAGAAGCUGGAGAACCUGGACAAGCUGGUCCCAUGGGUCCCCGAGGGCCACCUGGACCUCCUGGCAAGGCUGGAGAUGAUGGUGAUGCUGGAAAACCUGGUAAACCUGGUGACCGCGGACCUACUGGACCACAGGGAGCUCGAGGAUUCCCAGGAACCCCCGGUUUGCCGGGCAUCAAAGGACACCGAGGUUAUCCGGGUCUUGAUGGUGCAAAGGGAGAGACGGGAGCUGUGGGCGCUAAGGGUCAUAGCGGCGCUCCUGGAGAAAAUGGCGCUCCUGGACCAUGGGACCUCGAUGGUUUGCCUGGAGAGAGAGGUCUUCCAGGACCCAGCGGAGCUGCUGGUGCACGUGGAAAUGACGGCUUGUCUGGCCCCGCUGGACCCCCUGGCCCUGUCGGUCCUUCUGGAGCUCCAGGCUUCCCUGGUUCUCCCGGUGCAAAGGGCGAAGCUGGUCCCACUGGUGCUCGCGGACCUGAGGGUGCACAAGGACCCCGUGGAGAGUCAGGGACUCCUGGAUCACCCGGCCCAUCUGGGGCCUCUGGUAACCCUGGUACUGAUGGUAUCCCUGGAUCUAAAGGAUCAGCUGGUGCCCCUGGUAUUGCUGGAGCCCCUGGUUUUCCUGGACCUCGUGGUCCUCCUGGGCCACAGGGAGCAACUGGACCCCUUGGGCCCAAAGGAACAUCUGGUGACCCGGGUAUUCCGGGAUUCAAAGGAGAAGCCGGACCCAAAGGAGAAAUUGGACCAGUUGGUCUGCAAGGACCUCAUGGUCUGCAAGGAGAAGAGGGUAAGAGAGGCCCCAGGGGUGAACCCGGCGCUCCUGGACCACUCGGACCUCCUGGAGAGAGAGGAGCCCCUGGCAAUCGUGGUUUCCCUGGUCAAGAUGGUCUGGCUGGUCCCAAGGGGGCCCCUGGUGAGCGUGGACCCGCUGGGGCCAGUGGUCCCAAAGGUGCUAACGGUGACCCUGGACGUCCUGGAGAACCUGGUCUGCCUGGUGCCAGAGGUCUUACUGGGCGUCCUGGAGAUGCUGGCCCACAAGGCAAAGUUGGACCUUCUGGAGCCUCUGGUGAGGAUGGUCGGCCCGGACCCCCUGGCCCACAAGGUGCACGUGGACAGCCUGGUGUCAUGGGAUUCCCUGGACCCAAGGGAGCAACUGGUGAAUCUGGCAAGGCUGGUGAGAAAGGACUGGCUGGUGCUCCUGGUCUAAGAGGUCUGCCUGGCAAAGAUGGAGAAACCGGUGCUGCUGGCCCCCCUGGCCCCGCUGGCCCUGCUGGAGAGAGAGGUGAACAAGGACAACCUGGUCCCUCAGGGUUCCAGGGUCUACCUGGACCUCCUGGUCCUCCUGGGGAGGGAGGAAAGCCUGGAGAUCAGGGUGUUCCCGGAGAGGCUGGUGCUAACGGUGCGACUGGACCCAGAGGUGAGCGGGGUUUCCCUGGAGAGAGAGGAGCCGCUGGCCCUCAGGGUCUGCAGGGCCCACGAGGUCUGCCAGGAACGCCUGGAACUGACGGACCAAAGGGAGCUAUUGGACCAGCUGGAGCUGGAGGAGCACAGGGACCUCCUGGUCUGCAGGGCAUGCCUGGAGAGAGAGGAGGCUCUGGCAUUCCUGGGCCAAAAGGGAGACAGAGUUACGGUGAUAUUGGAGAGAAAGGACCUGAAGGUGCUCCUGGCAAAGAUGGUGGCAGAGGUCUCACGGGUCCCAUUGGUCCCCCUGGUCCAUCUGGCCCCAACGGAGAGAAGGGUGAAUCUGGUCCUGCUGGUCCUGUUGGGGCUCCUGGUACCCGUGGUGCUCCUGGGGAGACGGGACCUCCUGGACCUGCUGGAUUUGCUGGACCCCCUGGUGCGGAUGGUCAGCCUGGAAUCAAGGGAGAGCAGGGAGAAACUGGACAGAAGGGUGAAGCUGGAGCACCUGGACCUCAAGGACCUUCUGGUGCCCCUGGACCUGCAGGUCCUACUGGUGUUUUUGGUCCUAAAGGUGCCCGUGGAGCUCAAGGACCUUCUGGUGCCACUGGUUUCCCUGGAGCUGCUGGCAGAGUCGGACCUCCUGGUCCCAAUGGCAAUCCUGGACCUCCUGGACCUGCUGGCCCUCCUGGUAAAGAUGGACCCAAGGGUGUGAGAGGAGACGGCGGACCUCCAGGCAGACAGGGUGAUGCUGGGCUUCGAGGUCCUGCUGGUGCCCCAGGAGAAAAGGGAGAUGCUGGAGAGGACGGUCCUCCUGGUGCUCCAGGUCCUUCAGGUCCUCAGGGUUUGGCCGGCCAGCGGGGUAUUGUGGGUCUGCCCGGACAACGUGGUGAGAGAGGUUUCCCAGGUCUGCCUGGGCCUUCCGGUGAGCCGGGAAAGCAGGGAGCUACUGGUGGUGCAGAGGACCGUGGCCACCCAGGACCUGUUGGACCACCAGGACUCACCGGACCUGCUGGAGAGCCUGGCAGAGAGGGAAACCCUGGCUCUGAUGGACCUCCUGGCCGAGACGGUGCUGCUGGAGUCAAGGGUGAACGUGGUAACACCGGUCCUGUUGGUGCACCUGGUGCUCCAGGUGCUCCUGGUGCUCCUGGACCAGUAGGUCCCACGGGCAAACAGGGAGACCGAGGAGAAUCUGGUGCUCAAGGACCUGCUGGACCUUCAGGACCUGCUGGGGCCAGAGGAAUGCCUGGACCUCAAGGACCCCGCGGUGAUAAGGGUGAAGCAGGAGAGUCUGGUGAGAGAGGACAGAAAGGACACAGAGGCUUCACAGGUCUGCAGGGUCUGCCUGGACCUCCGGGUCAAGCUGGAGACCAGGGUGCUACUGGACCUGCUGGACCUUCUGGGCAACGUGGACCACCCGGACCUAUUGGUCCUGCUGGAAAAGACGGUGCCGAUGGUCUGCCAGGACCUAUUGGACCUCCAGGACCUCGUGGUCGCAGCGGAGACACAGGACCCGCUGGGCCCCCUGGAAAUCCUGGACCCCCUGGUCCUCCCGGCCCUGCUGGUCCUGGCAUCGAUAUGUCUGCCUUUGCAGGCCUGUCCCAGACUGAGAAGGGUCCAGAUCCCCUCAGGUACAUGAGGGCUGACCAGGCUUCUGGAAACCUCCGUCAGCACGAUGCCGAGGUAGAUGCCACACUCAAAUCCCUCAACAACCAGAUUGAAAACAUCCGCAGUCCCGAGGGAUCCAAGAAGAACCCGGCUCGUACCUGCAGAGACCUGAAGCUCUGCCAUCCUGACUGGAAAAGUGGCGAGUAUUGGAUUGACCCCAAUCAGGGGUGCACCGUAGAUGCAAUGAAAGUCUACUGCAACAUGGACACAGGCGAGUCAUGUGUCUACCCCAAACCAGCCAGCAUCCCUCGCAAGAACUGGUGGUCCAGCAAGAGCAAAGACCGCAAACACAUUUGGUUUGGAGAGACAAUGAACGGAGGAUUCCACUUCAGCUAUGGUGAUGACAGCCUGGCACCAAACACCGCUGCCAUCCAGAUGACUUUCCUGAGACUGCUGUCAACCGAGGCUUCACAAAACCUCACCUACCACUGCAAGAAUAGCGUGGCUUACAUGGACGCCUCAUUAGGCAACCUGAAGAAGGCCGUGCUGCUGCAGGGAUCCAACGAUGUGGAGAUCAGAGCCGAGGGCAACAGCCGAUUCACGUACAGCGUGAUGACGGAUGGCUGCACGAAACACUCAGGAGACUGGGGUAAGACGGUGAUCGAGUACCGGUCGCAGAAGACCUCUCGGCUGCCCAUUGUGGACAUUGCCCCCCUGGAUAUUGGUGGAGCAGACCAAGAGUUUGGAGUUGACAUCGGGCCAGUCUGCUUCUUGUAAAGAAUGAGUGAUCAAAAGAGGGAGAAGAAGAAAUUUUUUAAAAUUUGAAAGAGGAGCACACUUCGACUUAAGGCGGAGAGAAAGAGAGAAAAUGAAUAAAAUCGAGACACUUUUUUUCUAAACGGGACUUUUACUAAGUAAAAAGUGCUUUUCCAAGUUGAACUCCGUAGGAUAUCUGCACUGAAUGACACCCGCAACUGUCAUCUGUGAUUGGUCUUGUAGCGCCUCCAGCCAACACACCCACUCCCCCCCUGCCCCAUGGACACCCAGCACCCCCAUGCCAGUCUAUGUCCUCGCCCCAUCAACAUGUUGAAGGAAGUAUGAGAAGAUGAUGGGAACAUCCCAGGGAACAAGAGAGGGAAAAUGUGUCGGUGUUAUUUAUUUAUUGUUUAGGUUUGACUCCCAGGUGUAGUUGUUCUUUGUUUCUAAUUCAUGCAAAGCCCACUUCCACAUAUUUAUAUAAAAGCCUGAUCCACCAGCAUCUUCUUUUACUUCUUCCUUUUUGCCAUCCUAUCUCUUCAAAAGCAACAAAAAAGAAAAUGUAGCAAAAUUUAAAGAUUUCCUAUUUCUAACACCAGAUUGUGUAUCGUAAUGUUACUGUGUAUUAUAAUAAAAUCAAUGGUGCUAUUGUUCUAAAAGGCUUUUUUUGUACAACAAAGUGCUAAUUUGUAGUGAUAUGUGUAUAUAUGUAUAUAUUUGUGUGUAUACAUAUAUAUACAGUUUGUCACACAGUGCAAUAUACUCUGGGAUUUCUGGGUGUUAAAGGGUAACUAUGGAUUGUUUUCAACCUGGACCCUAUUUCUAUAUGUUCUGGGUUUGCUUUUCAUAUGGGACAAAAAUUAUUUUAAUAAUUUCAGUAUUGACUUAGAACACAAACACUGUCACGGGCUAAAUAAGCUAUACAGUGUAAAUCUAUAGGGCAAACUAAAAACCUCAGUGUGAAAAUGACAUUACAAAUGUCUGGUAAUAUGGAGAGAAUCACUACAGCGGUACAUGUGCAUGUUUACCUCAGUAAGUGUAAAGAAUCUUUUUAAAACUGCUGAUUAUAGUUAGCAUCUUGCCUUGGCUGCUUUCUGUUUUGAUGAUGUCGCUUUGCACUAAGUCAUUACAUCAAUUGUUGAUGAGACGCGUGUUCCUGAUGAAAGCGCUUUUAAGCACAAGAACUUGUAAUGACUUAGUGCAGAGCGCCGGCACCACAACACAAGAAGGCUAAUGUAAGAUGCUAACUCUAUGAGUUGUUUGUAAGUUUCUUUACAUUUACUGAAAUAAACAUUUAAAUGUGUACCUCUGAAGGGAUCCUCUCCAUGCUACCAAACACGUCUAAAGAUAUUCUAGCCUCUAGGAUUUUAACUUGUCCCACAGGCUGUCAUUGUAUAGCCAUUCAGCCCAUGAUGGUCUUUGUGUUCUAAAUCAAUACUUGAAUGAUUAAAACUGUUUUUGUAGAGAAUGAAAAGUUUUACACAAAAGCAUAAAAAAGAGUUCAGGUAGAAAAA